AUGACUUACUCUGUGCCAAUGAGCAUCGACUUUGCAUACAAAAGCAACAACGAGUACAGUCUUCAACUUACUCGUUGGUUUCUGAUGCCGAUUGCCGCUUGGCCGCGAACGAGCACGUCGACGUCAGCGAAGAGAGUCUCCUCACACAUGCACAUUUUUGCUUGCUCGUCCUUGAUAGCGGUCGUCAUGGUGCCGUGCAUGCUGUACAUGUCCUUGGAGGAGAAAGACGUUCAGAUGAAAUUGAGCGCUAUGGGUCCGCUCAGUCAUUGGAUCAUGGGCUCGAUUAAUUACUGGCUGCUACUUGCGCGCAGCGACGACAUCCGCGAUUGCGUGCUGCACAUGGAGACCGACUGGAGGCUGGUUCGUAGAUCCGACGAUCAGGACGUGAUGCUGCAAUAUGCCAAGAUCGGCCGCCUCGUCGCCGGAUUCUGCGCGAUCUUCAUGCAAAGCGGAACGUUUCUCUUCACCAUAGCCAAAGCAAUGACGUCGAUGCCCGUUGUCAUCGACAACGAGACCGCCUUGGUGCAUCCGAUGACUUGUCCGAUUUACAGCAAGUUCAUAGACACGAGAUUCAGUCCCGCAAACGAAAUUAUGUUGGCCGUAGAGAUGCUAUCGUGUUUUAUAGUAAAUUCAAUUACGGUCGGUGCUUGCAGCCUCGCUGCGGUCUUCGCGAUGCACGCGUGCGGUCAGUUGAACAUGCUGUUCUCGUGGUUGAACGAGCUGAUCGCGGAAGAAGACAAAGGAAACGAGAUUGCUGAUCAGAGACUGGCUGCUAUCGUAGAACAUCACUUGAGGGUGCUAAGUUUUAUAUCACGUAUGGAAAAUGUUAUGCAAUAUAUCUGUCUUGUGGAAUUAGUGGGAUGCACACUGAAUAUGUGUUUGCUUGCAUAUUAUUCUAUUACGAAUUGGAAUGAUUUUGAUGGGGCAAGAAUAUCGUCGUAUGUUAUUGUAUAUGUGUCUAUGGCUUUCAAUAUUUUUAUAUUUUGCUUUAUCGGCGAGAUUCUUACAGAACAGUGCAAAAAUGUCGGCGAAAAAGCAUAUAUGACUAAUUGGUACGAAUUGCCACGUAAAACUGCUCUUGGUCUUAUUUUAAUAAUAGCGCAAUCGAGUAACGUUAUCAAACUAACUGCCGGAAAAUUAUUUCAAUUGUCUAUCGCAACUUUCGGUGAUGUGAUUAAAACCUCCAUGGUAUAUUUGAACAUGUUACGAACGAUGACACCUACGUAA